AUGAGGUCAUGGAGAAGUAAAACACCGUUAACUUGGGUUCAAUGUUGUCGAAUAAUCAACGCGUCUUUGCCUAACAACCAACUUAUUUUUGUCGUGGCAAACCUAACUGAGUUGAUGUUGUCGUUUUAUGUUCGCUACGUGAAUUGGACUCUUAACCAUCAAGAGUCUCCCCCACGACAACAUACUCCGGCCCGAAAUAGUCCAGAGUCUCCCCCACCACAUCAUAGUCCAGUCCGAAAUAGUCCACCUGUUGUUGCCUCGCCUCCUCGAAGAAAGAAGUACAUGUCGGAAACAUCUUCGACUGAAUCUGGCACAAAUGCUUCUUCCUCGCAACAUGUUGAAAUAGAAAGAACUUAUAUGUCAACCGACAUAUUAACAAGGUUGGUAAAGAAGAAGAAGACAAGCACAAAGGCAUUAGUGAAGCGUCUACUAGGCUUUGUGGCUAACUUAUCUUCUAAAGUAGAUCGUCUAUUAAAGAAAAAAGAUGAACUAGACACAGGGUUUGGAGACUUGGAGGAUGAGGAGGAGAUGAUAAACGAAGAGGAUGAAGAAACAUAUUACCAUUGUACACAGUUGAACUAUGAUGAUAUAAGUAGUCAUGGUUUGGAGGGGGGAAGUUGGGCAUACACCUACGCAUUCGUUCACAGUGGUACAAAACUCAUAUUUUAA